AUGGACACCUAUUCAAAGCUUUUAUUAGGAAACCAGCUAUUUCCAAUUGAUGCUAUAGAGCAUUUCGGUAAAAGACACCCUAAAUGGUAUAAUAUGAGUGGGAGGGAAAAGGCAUCGCUAAUGCUACAUGUAAUGAUAUGCAUGUUGUUGUGUAAUAAGAAGAAGACCGUUGACCACUUGUUUGCAAGAAAAAGGAAGGGUAAGGAAGUGCAAGGCGAGACAUCUGAGAACCUGGACAUCGUUGACUUGGAAACACGCAAAUUAAUAAGGGUUAGGUAUUCAAUUGCAUCUUCUUUGAAAUCUUCAAAGCUACCAAUGAAAUGA